UUUUAAAGCCCACCAACCUAAUAUGACCUCCUUUUUCCUAACUGCCUGAACAACCACCGCUCAGGAACCCACACCCAUUCGACGCCAGGCGCCGCCUUUGUAUAUAAUAACCGUUAAAACCAAACCUCUCUUCGAAUAGGAAGAGGAAUGGAUGACGGAGAAGCUCAGACAGCUGCGGAAGAGCAAACUGCAGCUCAGUGCCAAGAGUGCAAAUUGAAGCCAUGGAGAUACAAAUGUCCCGGAUGCUCUCGCCGCACCUGCAGUCUACCUUGCGUCAAAGCUCACAAGGAGAUCUCUGGUUGCACCGGAAAGAAGCCAUUCAAUGACGUCGUUCCUAUCUCACAGUUCGACGACAACCUUCUCUUAUCAGAUUACAAUAUGCUAGAGGAUGUUAAGAGGGUUGCGGAUUCUGCUAGAAAAAUGAGCCAUAGGUUUUGUUGCUAUCCUCAGUUCUGGCUUCCUUAUCCUCUACAUAGUCUUAAGAGGGCUGCCUCUAGUCGUAGAACAACACUCCUUUUUCUCCCCCCUGGGAUGUCAAAGAGAGAGAAAAACCUGUCUUCUUACAACAACAGAAAAAAGUUCAUAUCAUGGACAAUAGAAUGGCAGUUCCACUGUGAGAAAGAUGUUAUCUUGAUGGACCACCGUGUACAUGAAAACACAAACCUGCGAUCUUUGAUUGAGAAACAUCUAAACCUGGGACCAUGGAAGCAUCCAUUGAAGCAAUUUUGUAACAUUCCUCUGGAUUCUCUUAAAUUCUUUAUCCGGAAACAUCAUAAGGGACACAAAUCUCCUUACCUCCAGCUAGAUAUAAAUGUCCCAUUACGCGAACAAUUCUGUAACUUAAUCAUUUUGGAGUACCCUGUCAUCCAUGUAUUUCUUCCAACACAAGCAAUUGAGUUCGAGGUUGUAAAAAACCCUAUUCCUGAACAAGUAAAGCCUAAGGAAGUUAUUAACAAUCACAUCCAUUCGAGUCCCAAAGGAGUAACAUUCAAGGAGGAGGAGAUAGAAGAUGACGACUCUUCAGAUCCUCGUCAAUGUCCUCAUGUUUCAUACCCCAUAAACAAUGCUGAUAAUGUAGAAGUAGUUAUACCUACGACUUCUACUGUAGAGGAAAAGGGCAGUGAAGAACAACAACCUGUUCAGGAUGUCCCUUCUGAUAGGGAGGACUCUGGAGCCAUGGAUAUUGCUUUUCUUGACAACAUGGCGUUUGAAUUUGACCCGAAGUUAAUUGAUACGUACACAGAUCUCAUUGCAGAAUCUAAUCCGGAUGCUUGCCUUGAAGGUUCAUUGACUGAUGCACAGUAUCUGUUUGAUGGGACCUGGGAUGAUUUUUGUAAUGGUAUGCUGCCCGGGAAUGAAGAAUUAGAGGAAGGAGAAAUUGCUCCUUGAUUUGACUGUAUUUUACAAAUGUCACUGGCUGUGCUGUUAAUGUUAAAGAUGUUCAUCAUCUUCUUAUAAUGUUUAUAUAUAUAUAUAUAAGGAGUUCUAUACUUCUAUAUAUGGGUUGGCCGGUUGGGGCUUGGCAUAUCAGGGAAUGUUUUGAUUGAUCGGCUUUUGGGCUUUCCUGGAUGUUAAUUUUGUUGGUCACCAGGUUUUUUGUUCGCGUUGUUUUUGUUUUACGAGUAUAAUUUUGAAUAUUAUUGUUUCUUGUCUGUAUUUUCUUUUAGUAGGAAUGGAAUUUGUGUAAAGAAAAAAGUGGAAAGCAUUACAAAGGUUUGUAAUGUUUGCUGGAGAUGUAAGUCUAAAUCUUCGUCCAUUUUCCAAACGUGGUUUAGGUCAGCCGAG